AUGCAUGCUAAAUAUUAAGAAGAAAAACCUGAGAGCUCACAGAGAUGGAGAAGGAACAUCAUAGUAGAGAUAGAUGAAUUCGAAACUAUAAAUCUUCCACAAAAUGAUGAUACACUUUUUGAUUUUUAAGUUGAUGUUUAGUCAGUCAAUAUUUAUGAUAACAAAGAUAGAUUUAAGAAAAAACUAAUACAUCCCAAGAAAUAAUCUUAAUAUGAAAAAAUAACCAUAUAAAGUAUGGCACAAUAAUAGAGAAAGCAAUAAUAAACACAUUAGCAGAAUUAAAUUAAGGAUCUAUGGUCAGAAGAAGGAAACUAAAAGAACGUUUUAAGAACCGAAGCGAGGGCUUUUAUAACCCCUCAUCCAGGGAUAAUCAUAUAAUCCUUAAUAUAAAGAUAUAUAAUGAAUUUUUGGAUGAUGUAGUAAAAACAGAAAUUAGAUCGCACUAGAGAUUAUAAAAUGAAGAGACAGAAGCAGAGAAAAGCUAAAAGUUGAUACAAAGGUAUAUAAUCAGCAACCACAUUAGAGAGCGAGAAAAAAGAAACACAAAACAUGAUCGAGAUUUAAAAAUUUCAUCGAAAAGAAGCGAUUGAUAGGUUAAUUGAAAAAAAAUCAUGA